UUCUCAUCUCUCUCUCUCUCUCUCUCUCUCUCUCUCUCACACACACACACUAUCAUCUGUGAAGAAUUGUCUGCGAUGGAGAACAGAUUCUUGGGAAGCAUUUCAGCUUCAUCAUUUAAAAAUCUCCUUCCCAAUUCAGUUUCACGGAAGCAGAAAGCGAAGAGCUCUAUACGUUCAAGAACCAAAUCCAAUAGUGAAAACAUUCCGCCGGUUGACUCGAACAUUCAGAUCAGUGACCCUCCGUUGCUACCUUCCAGUUCACUCCACAACAAGUCACUCUCAAAACCCACAAUUACUCAUAAAGAAAUCAUCAGAUCUGAGGCUCAGUCAGAUGCCCACUUACAACCAGAUCCACCGGUUAAGGUCGUGGUGAGGAUUAGGCCUUCAACUGGUCCUGGGUGUCUGGAUUGGGAUGUUAAGAAAGUUUCAAAUGACGCUUUAUCUGUUGGGGAUAGGAAAUUCAUCUUUGAUUCGGUUUUUGACUCGAAUGCUACCCAGGAAGAUGUAUUUAAGAUGGUUGGUGUUCCUCUGGUUAAUGAUGCAUUGGCGGGUUACAACACGUCAAUCUUGGCUUAUGGACAGACUGGGACUGGAAAGACCUAUACAAUGUGGGGUCCUCAGAGCGCCAUGGUUGAGGAUGCCUCAUGUAAUGGAAUUCAUGGCAUUGUUCCUCGGAUUUUCCAGACGUUGUUCUCUAAAAUUCAGCAAGAUCAAGAGAACUCUGAAGGGAGGCAGGUUAAUUAUCAGUGCCGUUGUUCAUUUCUUGAGAUAUAUAAUGAACAAAUUGGGGAUCUACUUGAUCCAACCAAGAGGCAUUUAGAGAUAAGAGAUGACCCAAAAAAUGGAUUCUAUGUGGAGAAUUUGACAGAAGAGUACGUCACUAACUAUGAGGAUGUCAGUCAAAUUCUAAUCAAGGGUCUGUCAAGCAGAAAGGUUGGAGCAACAAGCACUAACUCGAAGAGCUCAAGAUCCCACAUUGUGUUUACAUGCAUAAUCGAGUCCUGGUGCAAGGAAACAUCAUCAAAAUGUUUUGGCAGUUCGAAGUCAAGCAGAAUCAGCCUUAUUGACCUUGCUGGAUUUGAAAAAUGCAUACUUGAUGAUGCUGGUAAACAAUGUCUUAAAGAAGGAAAAUUUGUGAAGAAAUCCACAUCACAGCUCGGGUACUUGGUGAAUGCCCUUGUUGAAAGACGUCAAUCGGAAAAUCCUGGCGCCCCACCAUAUCAAAGUUCCUGUUUAACUCAUUUGCUAAGAGAGUCACUUGGUGGCAAUGCCAAACUCUCCGUCAUAUGCACCAUCUCCCCCGAUAAAAAGUGCAGUGGUGAGACAGUGAGCACACUCAGGUUUGGACAGAGGGUUAAAUUCAUGCGGAAUGAGCCAGUCAUAAAUGAAAUAACAGAAGAUGAUGUCAAUGGUCUGACUGAUCAGAUUCGGCAGCUUAAGGAGGAACUCAUGAGAGCCAAAUCAAAUGUAUGGGACUCAGUUGGAAGUAACCAUGGACAACUCAAAGGACGAAGUGUGCGUGAAAGCUUGAAUCAACUGAGACUUAGUCUUAACCGCUCAUUGAUUUUACCUUAUUUGGAUAAUGAUUCUGAAGAAGUCUGUGCUAAUGAAGAUGAUGUUAAAGAACUGCAAGCCCAAUUUGAUAGCUUAAAUUGUUCUCGUGAUGAGGACUCCACAGACAUGGCAGAUGGUGGUGAAACAGACUUGACAAGUGAACAAUACGUUAGCUGUUCAGAAGAAAGUGAAGCCGAAGAAAUUAAUUCAGAAAGAGCUCAUACACAACUAGAGCCAAGUGAAGUUUCAGGUGUUAAUGAUCUUGAAGAGGACAUUGCUGGGGAUUCAAGGAACAAUGAUCAUGCAAUCAGGAGUAAUGUUUCAAUUAACGCAGUCUGUCAGUCUGAAUUCCUCCAAGAGCCUGCAAUAUCAGAAUCUCCUAAAAUUAAAAACAUGCACAGGAAAAGCAUAAUUGUCUCAGCAAAUAGUUUAGUGAAUCAUGAUCAUGCACAAGAGACUCUCAGAAACUCUAAAUCGUUAGAUCAAUGCUUGAGAAACAGCCAUCAUAUACAAUCUUCUUUGAGGUCUAGUAAAGUGAUCCCCGGACCUGCUGAAUCUCUGGCAGCUAGUCUUCACAGAGGCUUACAGAUUAUUGAUUACCAUCAGCAAAAUUCAGCGUUAGACAGAUCUUCAGUUUCUUUCUCUUUUGAGCACUUGGCACUGAAACCAUGUCUGACAGUUGACAAGGCGAAUGCCUCUGCCCAGACAUUACCAGAAGAGGGACAACCUUCAAAUGCACUUACGGCUUCUUUCUUAUGCACUAAUUGCAAACAGCGAAUAAUUGUUUCUUCUACUGAAGUCCAGGAUAGCUUGAAGGCAUGGAUGGAUUCAGGAAAAGGUUCUUUUAAAACUGCUGAAAGAGAGGAGGAACUUGAGAGUGUUUGCAAGGAACAUGAAGCUAAGAUUGAGCAACUAAACCAAGAGCUAAUGAAAUAUAAACUUGAGGAGAGCAAGAUUCAAGUGGCAUCGACCAAUGAAUAUGAAAAUGAAAAGUAUCAUUCUCAAACAAAUGGAAAUAAGCUUCUUAUGUGGAAUGGUGAUGAAAAUCAUGACUCAGAGUUGUGCAUUGAAAAGUGUGAAGUAAAAGAAAUCCAGGAAAAGUUGGAUGAUAGUCAAGAUAAUCAAUCAUUCAAUAUGAAUGAAAAGGAAGCCCUUCUUAAAGAAAUUGAAUGCCUUAGAAGCAAAUUGCAUUUGCAUAAUGAUGGAACUAAUAAAUCAACUGAGAGGAUCAGAUCAUCUCUCUUGGCUCAAUCAAUCCAGUUGAGAAAAAGCGGCACAUUUACUUGGGGAAAAAAUGAGGAAGAACUUGAGAAAGAAAGGCAAAGAUGGACAGAAAUGGAAAGUGAGUGGAUUUGUUUAACUGAUGAUUUGAGGAUUGAUCUUGAAUCUCACCGCCAACGAGCAGAUAAGGUGGAGAUGGAGUUGAGAUUAGAAAAGAAAUGCACUGAGGAGUUGGAUGAUGCACUCAAAAGAGCUGUUCUUGGACAUGCUAGAAUGAUUGAGCAUUAUGCUGAACUACAGGAGAAGUAUAAUGAAUUGGUUGGAAAGCAUCGAUUGGUUAUGGAAGGUGUAGCAGAGAUGAAAAGGGCAGUUGCUAAAGCAGGAGCCAAGGGCCAUGGCUCUCGUUUUUCUAAGCGCCUUGCAGCGGAACUUUCAGCUUCGAGAAUAGAAAAGGACAGGGAGAGGGAGCUGCUGAGAAAGGAGAAUAAAAGUCUAAGAACUCAACUUAGAGACACUGCAGAAGCUGUUCAUGCUGCUGGUGAAUUACUUGUCAGGCUGAGAGAAGCAGAGGAAACAGCUUCAGUUGCAGAGGGAAAUUUCACAAAGGUACGAGAAGAGAAUGAGAACCUAAAGAAACAAGUAGAGAAACUCAAGAGGAAGCACAAGAUGGAGAUGAUCACAAUGAAACAGUACCUUGCAGAGAGCAGACUGCCUGAAGUUGCAUUACGACCAUUAUACAGGGAAGAUUCUUACUCAGGAGGGCAUGAUGAUACGCAUUCCUAUAUGCAUGAUGAUGAUCAAGCAUGGAGAGCAGAAUUUGGAGCAAUUUAUCAAGAACAACACUAUUGAGUGCGGCAGGGAAAAAUGUCAAGCUUGUCAUUACCCCUGACAAUCAUCCUACACAGAGGGGAGCUGUUUUGGGACCCUACUUGGGACCGAGCAUAGCAUGUUAUUUUUCACUUUGCAAAAGUGUGCAAUUUGAUACUUUUAUUCAGUAAUUCAUUGAUUGAUAGUAGUGGGAUAUAUACAUAUAUUUUUAAUGCACUAGCGUUGUAGUAUUUUACAAGUGAGAGGUGGAGAGAAAUUGUGUUCAUUUUUUUGGGGGGGUGGGAAUUUGUGUUCAUUCAAAAUUCUGUCUAAUGAAAUAUGCCUUAAUUGGUUGUUCUUUAUCGA